ACAAAGUAACCCAUCUGGGUAGGUUAAGCUCCCUUCGUAGCCUAGUACAGGCCCACUGGCUGCCAAGUUCAGGACCCUCUCUGUAGGCUGCCUCAUCUCCCUUUGAGAUGAGUCUGACCACUGUGGUGUCGUCAGUAGGCUACAUGAGGGAGCUACAUGGCAUCCUCGUCAGUAGGGUGUAGAAACAGUAGGCUACAUGAGGGAGCUACAGCAAGGGCAUCCUCUGUGGACCUGUUUUGUGCAAUAUGCAAACUGAUGGGGGUCGAAGUCUGGGGGGAGCUGAGGGCCACAGGACGAUAAUCAUUUAGGCUGGUGAUGGUCGACUUAUUCGGCACUGGGAUGUGGCUAAUUUUAGGCAGAGCGGGAUGACUGCUUGGGCCAGGGAGAGGUUGAAGAUUCUGGUUAAGAUGACUGCAAGCUGGUGGGCACACGCUCUGAGCACCUUACCUUACUCCGUCUCCGCCGGCAACCUUCCUGGGUUUCACUGCCAGGAGCAUCUGUCUGACAUCGUGCUCCCUCACAGAUGAUGGAAGUUACAUUUAAAUUACAUACAUUUACACUUCUCAAGCAGUGAUCUCACCAUGAAGAUUGAAAUGUAAACAACAAUUUAAAGUACUUUUAAACCCAUUCUAAACUUUUUUUCGUCGAAUGUCUCUACUCUCUGUUACUCCUACCACCUCCAUGUGUCAGAUUUCAGCAGGUGUGUUGAGUGUGUGACGUAAAUCUCUCCAUCUGGCGUCAGAGGCAGGCAGCUUCAGUGGAAGCUUGCUGAAACUAAUGUCAAUAACAGCUAGCUGAUUUGCUACGAGCUGCAUUGGAAUAACGCUAUUGAUUACGCACUUACAAUGAACUGGUGAGCAAUCUUACAUGAAGAUAUGUCAUCCAAAACGAACUCAUGGGAUACAAAAUAAGGAAAUUACGCUACGAUUGUGGACAUCAGAAAAUGCACGUUAGGCGAGAAGGCUAACUGGUCUUCCAUGAUGCCUGAACAUCCAUGUGUAACUUGCCUAAUCCUAACAUAGCUAGUUUGCAAACUAAUUGGACUUGCUACCUGUGGCCAGCAUUGACGACUGUGAAAACGUGUGAGGGUUGCUAACAUCAACUGUUUUGUAGCUUGACCUCUGACCCCAUCACCCUGUAAAUCUUUCGGUCUUCAACAACCGCCCGCCGCCGGAGCCAUGUCGUCCCGCGUCCUGCUGCGGCAGCAGCUGAUGAGGGAGCAGGCACAGGAGCAGGAGAGGCGAGAGGCCCAGCAGCAGGCCUCGGUGGCCCAGCUCCGGGCCUCUGACUCCUCCCCUGCUAUCUCUGUCACAGUGCCCCCCUCCGCUGCUCGCCCGUCUCCCGCACAGGUACCUGUGGAGGUGCUCAAGGUGCAGACUCACUUGGAGAAUCCAACAAAAUACCACAUCCAGCAGGCCCAGCGACAGCAAGUCAAGCAGUACCUCUCUACCACUCUUGGGAAUAAAGUAGCAACUCAGACUCUCGGGGUGUCGCCCGUACUCCAGUCCAGCUCGGCCCCCGAGAUGGCCCCGUCUGCGAGCAGUGCCCCCAACAGCCCGAUGGCACUGCUGAAUCUGGGGUCCACCAAGGAGGAGAUUGAUGACGUCAUUGACGACAUCAUCAGCCUUGAGUCCAGUUUCAAUGAUGACAUUAUGUCAUUGAUUGACUCUGGCCUUCAGCUUCCUAAUACGCUACCAGGGAAUCUCCUGGAUGUCUACAGCAGUCCUGGCAUGGCCACUCCCACCAUUACAGUUAGCAACUCCUGUCCAGCAGACCUCCCCAAUAUCAAAACGGAACUGACAGAGGUCGAAGCGAAGGUUCUCAUGAAGGAGAGGCAGAAGAAAGACAACCACAACCUCAUUGAGAGGAGGAGGAGGUUUAACAUCAAUGACCGCAUCAAGGAGCUGGGCUCACUUAUACCCAAAUCCAGUGACCCGGAGAUGCGCUGGAACAAAGGCACCAUCCUGAAGGCCUCGGUGGAGUACAUCCGCAAGCUGCAGAAGGAGCAGCAGCGCGCCAAGGAGGUAGAGAUGAGGCAGAAGAAGCUGGAGCACGCCAACCAGACCCUUCUGAUGCGAAUACAGGAGCUGGAGAUGCAGGCUCGCCUCCAUGGCAUCCCCGGCACCUCCGCACUGGGCCCAGACGCCUCUCUUCAGGCCCAGCAGCAGCAAGGAGUCAACCCCCAGGCCUCCCGUGCGGACCUCCACUCCCAGACGCUCCUGAGCCUGGACGUGGGCUCCAUGGCGCAGGCCUCCUCGUCCUUCCUCUCCCCGCCGCCGUCCGGCUCCCCGGUGGGGGUCACCAUCAGCAGCCCCCUGGACCUCGGCGCGCUGAGCUUCGCCGAACUGGACGACCCCGCCGCCACCUCCCUGUACCCAGACGUGGGGCUGGGGGACAUCCUGAUGGACGAGGACUGUGGCCUGGCGCUGGCCCAGUCCACGGCCGAGCCGCUGUUCUCCGUUUCGCCUGGGGCCUCCAAGAACAGCAGCAGAAGCAGCUUCAGCAUGGAGGAAGACUUGUGACAGAAGCUUGGAGCAGUAGCUGACACAAAGACUGUGUGUGUGUGUGUGUGUGUGUGUGUGUGUGUGUGUGUGCGCGUGUGUGCGUGCGCGUAUGUGUGUGUGUGCGUGUUGAGGGACAGGGUGUAUGUGUACUGUGGUGCUUAUUAUGUCCAUGUUUAACAGAAAUUGCAUGUUUUGUUUUUUAUGUGGUGAGAUCACCUUUUCAGAACCUCGCCACAGCUUACGUUUUCCCAAUGGCAUAGUCAUACAUCACUCCCAAUCAGGUUUAGUAUAAUAAGACAAGGCAUACCUCACAGGCCACACGGAAUAGAUAGUCAGUGGUUCCCUGGAAUGUAAGAUUUUAAUCAGUAAUCAUACAAAAUAUAGCUAAUAUAAUAAAAAUAAAACAGUAGCACAAAUAUGGUUUGUCAGUGUGGAAGAUGUGAUACUAUGAAUAGUGUUUUCAUUUAUUUGUAUUUGAGCAUUCAAAACAGAGAAGGGAAAUCAACCAUCAAAUCAUUGGUUAUUAUGUAUUUUCAUAUGAACACUUAAAAAUUAAGGAUGGGUGAUUCACUAAAAGUUUGUGGGAUGGGUUUGAGGGCUGUGCAAAUAUUGACAUCAGGGUGCAAUACAAGUGAUCAGUGUACUCAACAUGAUAUUUUUUUUUCUGAAACCAAAGGGAUAUUCUAGGGGAACUAUAUUGUUGGUGUCUGUUUUUUAAGAUGUAUUUUUUUCCAGCUUGUAUAUGUAUUGCACCUUAUCUUUUUGCAUCUGUGUUCUUUGAAAUACCUCUCAGCUGUCCGUAGCACUUUAAGCUGGUGUCCACCUCCUAAAUGUUUUUUUCCCAGCCUCCUAACCAUUUGUUUGUUAGCCUCAGUGCACACAUUGAACAUUUCUCAGAACUAUAUUUUAGCACCAUUAUUGACUUUCAGAGGAGUUCAAUUUGCAAUAUUGCCUGAGUAAUUUGUGUGCAGUGGAAUAUUUUGUUUUUUCCUGUACCACUCUUGCAUGCUCGCUGUAAGGGUGAUAGGUGUGUGUGCUCCCUGGCUUCGCUCAAACAUAAUAAUGACAUGAUUAUAUUAAUUAUGAGUUCUGGCUUCUCUACUUCAGCAUAUUAUAUUGUUUCACACAGUAUUUUAGCGUGUCAUGUUGUUUCACCCGUUAACUUAAUUGUGUUGUUGUUUUUGGGAAGCUUUAAUCACUGCUCAGUCACUAACAUCUAUAUACUAGAUAUGUUCAAUAAUCCAGUUGUACAAAAUUAUGACAUUGCGUCCGUAUUCAAUUCAAGAGAUUUUAACAAUGGACUUCAAGCCAAAAUAAAUCAUGACUGAAUGAUUUUGUGUUCUCAUUUGAAUAGAGUGCCUUUAGUGCAAACCAAGACCAGAGAUACCCAUGCACAAAAUGCACAAAGGGUACAACAAAGCAUGUUUCAGAGUGUACAUGUUUAACACAUUGAUUUUUAAAAAAAAUCAGAACACAUCUAAGUAAUAGGUGUUGUUAUUUGUCCAUCAUCAUGGAAUCAUUAUCCACUCUGCAAUGUUAGUAAGGGUUGACUCCUAACAUGUCUGAAAUUGUAUGCAUUACACCACUGUUUCUUCACAUUUUUCAUGAACAGUUUACUUUCCUGGUUUCAUUUUGAUUUCCAAAUUAAGGGAUGCAAUUACGGUCAUUGUUCUCAGUACUGUAGCACAAACUGUCCAGCUGUUGUUGUGUUUAAAGCUCCAACAUUAGCAGCUCCAUACCAGGAAUGUCAGAUACUCACAGAAUGUAAACAUUUUACUUUUUAAAAAGUUUUAAAGUUUCCUUUGACAACUGUCUUCAUCUGCUGUUUGAACCGGUGUUGUGUUUAGCAUAACAUUAACAAUAUUCUGUGUACUAAUAUGCAAUUGAAUGUGAAAUGUCUCUAGGGAAUCUCACUAGAAUGCUGAGAAUUGCAGUGCUCUAGUGGCUUGUUUAUACUUCUAUUUGCCGUCUGUUUUGAAUGUAUUCUAUCUGGUAGUGCUGAGAACUCCUCACACGAAGAGAAGGGAGAGUGUUCAUGAAUAUGCAUUUUUUAAAAUUACUUUAUGCAAGGACUGCCGGACAAUGCAAAUGCUCCUUUGUUUUAAGGGAAUGUUUUAGAUUAGGUUAAUAGAGUCCCAUGGUGCAUUUUAUAGAAAAGUUAUACAUUUUGUAAUUGUGUCCAUAACCUUCAAAUUAACAAAUCAAAAUAAAUGUCAAGGGAAACCUG